UUAAAUUUUAUGGUAGCGAUGUUUUGCGUAAGCGAUCUGUAAUUGAGGUUUAACCUAAACUUUUGUUUUUGCAGUAUUUAUAAUUUCAAAUGUCUUGUCGAAAUAUAACUUUGAAGAGUGAAUUUAUGAAAUACUAUUUAUCAAAAUGACUUCAUUAAUCAAUGUUAUAGUGUACUUAAUUAAAGAAUCAAAUAAUAAACAAUUUAAAAAGUAUACCGCAAGUUGGUUGAAGGAUACCGAAGUAAGUUAUCAAUUUGAAUUAUUCCGAGCUUUAUUAUGUAUAAGAGAUCCUAUAACUAAAUUACCAACUGAUAUACAUGAUGAGAUUUAUAAAAUUCUUAAAUUCCAAUUAAAUUCAAAAUCUUCAACUGAUAUAACUUCCAUCACUCCCAAAUUUGAACUUUAUAAAGAUAAGAAGAUCUCAGUUAGGAAAGGAGAUAUCACCACUCUUACAAACGUCACUGCCAUUGUCAAUGCGGCAAAUGCUCAAAUGCUAGGUUGUUUCCAACCAUCUCACAGAUGUAUCGAUAAUGUGAUUCAUUCAGUAGCUGGUCCCGAUUUAAGAGAUGCAUGUAAUCAACUUAUGGGAAAGCAAAAUUAUGUUGAUGAACCAGUUGGUAGGGCCAAGAUUACGCCAGGGUUUAAUUUGUAUGCUCCUUAUGUCAUUCAUACUGUAGGUCCACAGCUUCAACCUGGUUCUAAGCCAACUGGAUAUGAAAGAAAUGAAUUAAAAAGUUGUUAUGUCUCUUGUUUGAAGGAGUUAGAGAAAGUUGACACUGAUAAUCAAAAUAAAACAAUUGCCUUGUGUUGUAUCUCAACUGGAUUAUUUUCUUUCCCACCCGAUAUAGCUUGUGGUAUUGCAGUAGAUAGUAUUAAGGAAUAUUUCAAAGGUCAUUAUAGCUCCAUUUCAGAGGUCAUAUUCAAUGUUUUCACAGAUGAUGAUUUACAAUUAUAUACUGAUAAAAUUGAUAGUUUAAAAUUACCCCAACUAAUUCCAAUCCAACCCAAAGUUAUCACCUCCAGUUUAAACUAUCAAGUUGCAAAGAAAUGGUUAAAUGAAUCUCAAUACCUUAUUAUAAGCGCAGGAGCAGGAUUAUCAGCUAGUGUAGGUUUAGACUAUACAUCACAAGAAUUAUUUGACCAUUAUUACUCAAAUUUCAAAAAAUAUGAUCUUUCAACUAUUUAUGGUACGAUUGGUCAUACUUGGCCUAAUCACUUAAUAUCAUGGAGUUAUUAUUUCCAUCAUUAUGUAUUCCUUAUGAAAUUCCCCAAGACUAAAACAUACCAACAAUUACUUAAUUUAACUACCAAUUUCAAAGGAUAUUUCAUUGCCACAAGUAAUGCUGAUGGAUUUUUCUUUAAGAAUGAUUUUUAUCCUCAUAGAAUCUUCAACCCUCAAGGUUCUUAUGAUUGGAUUCAAUGUCUGAAGAAGUGUACUCCAGAUUCGUAUACUAGAUUCGGACCUAUUGUUGAAAGGACUUUACCAUUCAUUAAUCCCGUCACUAACUUAUUACCAGAUGAAUCAUACAUCCCACAUUGUGAUAAUUGUGGGGCUGAAAUGAUCCUUUGCUUGAGAGGGGGUGAUUACUUCAAUGAUAAACCUUUUCAAAAAGGUAAAUGCGGAUACUAUGAAUUCCUUAAUAAAAUUCAAGAGGAAGAUGCUAAAGCUGUUAUUCUUGAAUUAGGAGUUGGUUUGAAUACACCAGGGGUUUUAAGAUGGCCAAAUGAAGAGUUAAUAGCCCAAUAUCCGAAUAAUUUCAAGUUAAUCAGAGGUGGUAAUGGCCCAUCUUCAACUAUGCCUAUGAAAUUUGUAGAGUCAGGUGUAGGAACGGUCCUUUCUGGUGAAAUCAGUGAAAUUGUAAACAACUUAAUUAAAUAGAUUCUUCCCCGACAAAUAAAAUUUAUUUUUCGCAUCUUCUUUCUUCAUCAUCACUGUAAUUUUUUUUUUUAUUUUCUGUAA